GCCCCGCCAUCUUCCCUGAGAGAAAGCCCUGGCCGGGGAUCGGCCGCACUUCUCCUUCCCAGGAUGCGGGGCCUCCUCUUUAGGUCCGAUUGCGCGCCUUUUCACGCCCUCCAGCCUGGCAGGCGCGGGACCUAGAAGCGGCCACCAGUCUCGCACACCCCUUCCAGCUGAGCCACCCAGCCGCCCACUUCCGGCGCGGGCACUUGACGUCACCGCGCGGCGCGCCUCGGUGGCAACACAGCGGCGUCGCUGCGGGCGGGAAACUCGGGAGCUAGAGGUGGCUGCAGCCUCGGGGCCGGAAGUAAUUUGACUGCAGAAAACUUUGGUCAAAAUGGUUUCCAAAAGAAGACUGUCAAAAUCUGAUGAUAAAGAGAACCUGGUAGAAGAUGCUUCCAAAGCUAAGAAGCAACCACUUUCCAAAAAGACAAAGAAAUCACAUGUUCAUAAUGAAAUUGAAGAAAAUGACAGUGUUUUCGUAGAGCUUCUUAAGACAUCAGGAAUUAUUCUUAAAACAGGAGCGAGUCAGAAUCAACUAGCUGUGGAUCAGAUAGUUUUCCAAAAGAAGCUGUUUCAGAUGCUGAGGAAACAUCCUUCUUAUCCCAAAAUAAUAGAAGAAUUUAUUAGUGGCCUGGAGUCUUACAUUGAAGACCAAGACUGUUUCAGGAACUGCCUUUUGUCUUGUGAACGGCUGCAGGAUGAGGAGGCCAGGUGUGGAGAGGAGCCACAGAGCUGUGCUGAUAUUCACAUGGGCACACCUUACUCUAAGAGCCUCAUCAAAUUGCUUCUGGGGAUUGACCUAUUACAGCCUGCUGUUAUCAAAAUAUUAUUUGAAAAGUUGCCAGAAUUUCUUUUUGAAAACGAGAAUAGUGAUGGACUCAACAUGCCUCGACUAAUUAUCAGUCAACUAAAAUGGCUUGACAAAAUUGUGGAUGGCAAGGACCUCACCAGCAAAUUCAUGCAGCUGAUCAGUAUUGCGCCAGUGCCCAUGCAGCAUGACUUCAUCACCAGCCUGCCUGAGAUUCUAGGGGAUUCCCAGCAUGCUGAGGUGGGGAAAGAACUCAGUGACCUAUUAAUGACGAGUACCCCACUCACUGUCCCAAUCCUGGAUGUCCUUUCCAGCCUCCAACUGGACCCAAAGCUUCUGUCUAAGGUCCGCCAGUUGGUGAUGGGUAAGCUGUCAGCUGUUAGACUGGAAGAUUUACCAGUGAUAAUCAAGUUCAUCCUUCAUGCCUUAACAACCACAGAUGCAGUUGAGGUAAUAUCUGAGCUUCGAGAGAAGUUGGAUUUGCAGCAUUGUAUUUUGCCAUCACAGCUGCAGGCUUCCCAAAGCAAGUUGAAAAGUAAAGGAAAAAUAAGUUCUUCAAAUCAAGAAAAAAGCAAUCUGGACAGUGUUAUUCUCCUCUUUGAUGUUAUAAAGUCAGCUGUUAGAUACGAGAAAACCAUUUCAGAAGCAUGGAUUAAGGCAAUUGAAAACACUGCCUCGGGAUCUGAUCACAAGACUUUGGAUGUGGCAAUGCUUCUCGUCAUCUAUAGCACCAACACUCAGACAAAAAAGUCCAUUGAGAGGGUGCUAAGAAAUAAGGUUCGAUCCGGCUGCAUUCAAGAACAGCUACUACAGAGUACAUUCUAUAUUCUUUCCUCGGUUCUGAAGGAUAUUUGUCCAUCCAUUCUGUUGUUGGCUCAGACUUUGCUGCAUUCCCUAGACCAGAGUGUGAUUUCUUUUGGCAGUCUCCUCUACAAAUACACAUUUAAGUUUUUUGACACUUACUGCCAGCAGGAAGUGGUUGGUGCUCUAGUGUCUCAUAUCUGCAGUGGGAAUGAUGCUGAAGUUGAUACUGCAUUGGAUGUCCUCCUAGAAUUGGUAGUUCUAAACCUGUCUGCUAUGCGGCUGAAUGCUGUCUUUGUGAAGGGCAUUUUAGAUUAUCUGGAUAAAUUGUCUCCUCAGCAAAUACGAAAACUCUUCUAUAUUCUCAGCACACUGGCAUUUAGCAAAAAGCAUGCAGCUAGCAGUCACAUUGAGGAUGACAUGCAUCUGGUGAUACGAAAGCAGCUCUCAAGCACCAUAUUCAAGUACAAGCUCAUUGGCAUUAUUGGUGCUGUCACCAUGGUGAGCAUCAUGGCAGUAGACAGUAGUGGAUCUUCCAGUUUUACUCAAGGGAGAACAGACCUGAACAAUGAACAAUGUACACAGGUGACCUCCUUGCUGCAGUUGGUUCACUCUUGCAGCGAGCAGUCUCCUCAGGCCUGUGCGCUUUAUUAUGAUGAAUUUGCCAACCUGAUCCAAGGAGGAAAACUGGCUCCAAAAGCCCAGGAAUGGGUUGGGCAGACUGUGUUUAACAAUUUCCAAGAUGCCUUUGUGGUGGACCUUGAUGUUAUUCCAGAAGGUGACUAUCCGUUUCCUGUGAAAGCUCUCUAUGGACUGGAAGAAUACAAUAGUCGUGAUGGGAUCGCCAUCAACCUCCUGCCACUGUUGUUCUCUCAGGACUUUGCAGAAGAUGGGGGCAGAAUGACUUCACAGGAAUCAGACCAAAAAUUGGUGUCUCCAUUGUGCUUGGCUUCCUGUUUCCGGCUACUGAGACUCUGUGUGGAGAAGCAGCAUAAUGGAAGCCUGGAGGAGAUUGAUGGUUUAUUAGAUUGUCCUAUAUUUCUCACUGACCUGGAGCCUGGAGAGAGAAUGCAGUCUAUGUCUGUUAAAGAGCAGUCGUUCGUGUGUUCACUCAUAUUUCUUACUCUCAACUGGUUCCGAGAGAUUGUGAAUGCCUUCUGCCAGCAAACAUCGCCUGAGAUGAAGGGGAAGGUGCUCACCCGGUUAAAGCACAUCAUGGAACUACAGAAGAUCCUGGAAGAGUACUUGGCAGUCAUCCCAAACUAUGUUCCUCCCCUUGCAAAUUUUGACUUGGAAACUUUAGAUGUAACACCUCCUACCAGCACUGCUGCUUCAGCAAAAAUCAGCCAAACAGGAAAGAAAGGUGCAGGAAGGAAACGAAAAGCCGAUGACAGCAAAUUAUCCUCCCCUGACACACUUUCAAAGGAAGGUAGUUCAGAAGGCGACCCUACACCAUCGGAUAGAAGCCAGAUGGAAAAGGGGUUCACAGGGAAAGAAGAAAAGAUAUCUGUGUCACUACAGAAUUAUCAUGCUUUUUUCCGGGAGCUGGACAUUGAGGUUUUCUCCAUUCUACAUUGUGGACUUGUGACCAAGUCCACUUUAGAUACUGAAAUGCACACUGAAGCCAGAGAAGUUGUACAACUUGGCCCUCCUGAGCUUCUUUUCCUGCUGGAAGAUCUCUCCCAGAAGCUGGAGAAUAUGCUGACACCUUCUGCUGCCAGGAGAGUCCCCUUCUUCAAGAGUAAAGGGAGCCGGAAUGUUGGAUUCUCACAUCUCCGUCAGAGAUCUGCCCAAGACAUUGCUCACUGUAUCAUUCAACUGCUGACCCCAAUGUGUAACCAUCUGGAGAAUAUUCAUAACUAUUUUCAGUGCCUGGUUGCUGAGAAUCAUGGUGUAGUUGAUGGAUCAGGAACAAAAGUUCGGGAGUACCAUAUAAUGUCUUCCUGCUAUCAGAGGCUACUGCAGAUUUUUCAUGGACUUUUUGCUUGGAGUGGAUUUCUUCAUCCUGAAAAUCAUAAUUUACUCUCUUCAGCCCUUGAGGUGCUUGCUAGCAGACUGGAGCUGGGAGAACAACAGCCCUUGGAGGAAAUGCUCAGCCAGAGCUUCCAUUACUUGCAGAAUUUCCAUUCUAGCAUUCCCACUUUCCAGUGUGCUCUUUAUCUUAUCAGACUUUUGAUGAUCAUUUCGGAGAAAUCUACUGCUGCUCCUCAGAAAAGGGAGAAAAUUGCAUCCCUGGCCAGACAGUUCCUCUGUCGGGUAUGGCGAGGUGGGGAGAAAGAGAAGAGUAACAUCUGUAAUGACCAACUCCGUUCUUUACUUUGCAUCUACCUGGGGCACACAGACAGUGUUCUGAAGGCCAUAGAGGAGAUUGCAGGUAUCGGUGUCCCAGAACUGAUAAAUUCUCCUAAAGAUGCAUCUUCCUCCACAUUUCCCACACUGACCAGGCACACGUUUGUCAUUUUCUUCCAUGUGAUGAUGGCUGAACUAGAGAAGACAGUGAAAAGUAUUCAGGCUGGCACAGCAGCAGACUCACAGCAGGUUCAUGAAGAGAAGCUCCUCCAUUGGAAUAUGGCUGUUCGAGACUUCAGUAUCCUCAUCAACCUGAUAAAAGUGUUUGAUAGUCGGCCUGUUCUGCAUGUAUGUUUGAAGUAUGGGCGUCAAUUUGUAGAAACAUUUCUGAAGCAGUGUAUGCCGCUCCUAGACUUCAGCUUUAGAAAACACCGGGAAGAUGUUCUGAGCUUACUGGAAACCCUCCAAUUGGACACAAGGCUCCUACAUCACCUGUGUGGACACUCCAAGAUUCACCAGGACAUGAGACUCACCAAACAUGUUCCUUUGCUCAAAAAGACCCUGGAGCUGCUUGUUUGCAGAGUGAAAGCCAUGCUAAUCCUCAACAAUUGCCGAGAGGCUUUCUGGCUGGGUAAUCUCAAAAAUCGGGACUUGCAGGGUGAAGAGAUUAUGUCCCAGAAUUCCCAGGAGAGCACAGCAGAUGAGAGUGAGGACGAUACAUCAUCCCAGGUUUCCAAGAGCAAAGAAAAGGAGGAUGGUGAGGAAGAUGACGAAAGUGAUGGAGAAAAGGAGCAAGACAGUGAUGAGGGUGAUGACAACUCUGAUUAGACCUUAGAGAGACCUUUGACGCCACCUCCACCUCUCUGCCAACUUGUUACCAUUUAUGCUUUAAAAUCUGCUAUCUGCCUUUCUGACUGGAAGCAUCCUAUUUUAUUUUUAAAGAGAGGGUUUUAUUGAGUCAACUUAAUUGUGGAUUUCAUGGAUUGUCUAACAACCAUCAAAGACCCUGGCCAAAGAUUCCACUGUAGGAUUACUUAUCUGCUUGGGUGAACAUGGCAGCACUAGGCUGCAGAGUAGAAACUGUUUGGCUGAGUCUGUGACAUAGGCUUGGGAGCUAAUUUCGAAACUAUUUGAAUUAUUCUAGAAUUUAAGCUUGUACCAGUUUUACAAAUAAAUUCCCUUUUAUGUUCUGCCUCAGCUAUCUCAU